UAUAUCCCCACCCCCUAACCCUUCCACCCUUCCAAACCCACUCCCCCCUUCACAUGGCACUUUGAGGCAUCAUCUCCCCUUCCCUUCCCUUCCCUCCCCCAAACCCUAAUCUCCCUCCCAAAAUGGCCGUCGAACUCAUCUCAGGCUUCCCCAAGCUGGACGAACAAACGGCCAUCCAAGAGGCCGCAUCGGAAGGCCUCAAGGGCAUGGAGCACCUGAUCCGCGCCCUCUCCCACCAACCCACCCACCUCAACACCCACCUCACCGACGUAACCGUCUCCAAGUUCAAGAAACUCAUCUCCCUCCUAAACCGGACCGGUCACGCCCGGUUCAGGCGCGCCCCGGUCCAACCCGCCCCCUCGCCGCUCCACCUCCCUCCCCCGCCCCCUCCGCCGCCGCACUUCGCGCCUCCCCCGCCGCCCGCCAGCGUCACGCUCGACUUCACCAAGCCGCACGCCCUCGCCACCACCGCCGCCAAGCCCGUCGAGCUCGAAUUCUCCAAGGACACCUUCAGCGUCUCCUCCAACUCCUCCUUCAUGUCCUCCGCCAUCACCGGCGACGCCAGCGUCUCCAACGGCAAGCAUCCGCCGUCGAUCUUCCUGGCGCCGCCGCCUCCUCCUCCGAACUCCGCCGGAAAACCGCCGCCGUUCAAGAAGCGGUGCCACGACCACCGCGAACACUCCGACGACGUCUCCGCCUCCGGCAGCAAGUGCCACUGCGUCAAGCGAAGGAAAAAUAGGGUGAAGAAAACGGUGAGGGUGCCGGCGAUAAGUUCAAAAAUCGCCGAUAUACCGCCGGAUGAGUACUCGUGGCGGAAGUACGGUCAGAAACCGAUCAAGGGGUCGCCGUACCCACGGGGCUAUUACAAGUGCAGCACGGUGAGAGGGUGUCCAGCGAGGAAACACGUGGAGCGCGCACCAGACGAUCCGGCGAUGCUGAUUGUGACGUACGAGGGGGAGCACAGGCACGCGGUUCAGGCCGCGAUGCAGGAGAACGCAGCCGGGGUGGUGGGUUUGGUGUUCGAGUCAACGUAGAAGGUGGAAUAAAGAAAUAAUAAUAGAUUAAAAAAAAAAUGGAAAGUGGAGGACUUUUUUUUUUAAAUGAUUAUUUUUGGAAAGUGUAGUGGGAACCGUGGUUGCGUUGUAAAUUUGUUUUAUUAUUAUUAUUAUUAUUAUAAUAUAUUAGUGUCAUAGAGAGGUGAAAAUUGGAAUCUUAAAGUUGUUUAUUCUAUCUCCUUGCCAAAGUCUUGCAAGUUA